UUCCCAGGAAUUUCUCUUUAUAUUUCGUUUGAAAUUUUCUUUCUUCUUUGUCCAGGGUGCUUCUACAGAACACUUCAGAACUCUUAAAUAAACCAAAAAAAGGUACCAUCAAGCCAUCUACUCCUUCAUAAAUGAUGUAUACUGCUAUAAUUAACUAUAUACAAACUGGCAUUGCAGUUUACCGUUACGUAGAUGCCCUGAGUAGAUGGAUACAGCACCGAAUUCCAAAUGUAAUACCUCACAGAGUACUUGCUUCACACUGAAGUUGGGGUGAGGAUGAAACAGCAGCUUCCAGGAACGUGGAAGCCAAAGCCCGAGGUUGAAGGGUUGGUAAUAAUGGAAGAGAAAAAGGAGAAAGGAGUGAGUCAGUUUGGGGCACGUAAGCAGGGACCUGUGUGGAAGAAGGACACAAUGAGAUACUAGGGUUAGGGAGAUGCUUUGGUUGGGCACCUUCCCUAACACCUGCUCCAGAGGAGAGCAGCCAGGUGAGGCUGUUUGGAGGUUUCACCUAUUCCCUCCCCUCAGACACCAGGAGGAGGAGGAAUCAGUUUGUAAUUGCAACCAGCUGGUCUCCCUUCCUGUGAGCAAUAAGUAGUCUCUCUGCACCACACCAUCCUUGUACACACCUAGCCAGGAAGGGGGAGAAGCAGCCCUCCUGGAAGUGGGUAGUGAAGGCUUCUAGAAGGAAGAGGGUGAAGCUGGGGAUGCCCAAGGAUAAGUGCAUGAUCCACCUGCAAAGCAAUAGGAACAGCAGCCCAGUUCCCAGAAUUCAGCCUGUAUGCCAAUGAGGGUACAUCAGAAAUAAGUGACCGAGCUGUUUUCCCUGAGAGAAAUAAAAUCCCAGAUCUGAUGAGUCACUCCAGUCAGAGGGUGAUGCACACAUGGCCUGGUCUCUAGUUUGGGAAGGUUCUGCAGUCUCGCUGUGAUGCCCUGCUACGUUACAGACAGUCCUUUCUUAUUUAUUAAACACAAAUCACAGUGCCACUUAGAAAAUACGGCCUUCUGUAAACAGUAGGAGAUACUUUACCGGUGAAACACAUUGUGCUCCCAUUCCCCAGCCGGUGCGGUGGCCCUCAGCUGUCAUUCCCAAAAACAGGUGGUGUAAGGCAACACCUCGGCGGCUGUAUCAAUCCGGCCCCUUGGCAGGAGGCCGUCCAGCCCCCCGCCCCCCCCCCCGGGAGAUGUUAAAGGCACUGAGUGCGCUCUGGGCUCCGUGGAGCUGCAGCAGGAGGGAGCCCAGGUGAUGGAGAUCUGUCGUGUGCUCCUCCUCGUCUUCUCCACAGCCGGGCUGGCCCUGUGCUACGAGCACGAGACACGCCUCGUCGAGGACCUGUUCAGGGACUACAACAAGGUCGUGCGGCCUGUCGAGGACCAUCGGGAUGCCGUUGUCGUCACGGUUGGGCUGCAGCUCAUUCAGCUUAUUAACGUGGAUGAAGUAAAUCAGAUUGUAACAACCAACGUACGUCUGAAGCAGCAAUGGACAGACGUCAACCUGAAGUGGAAUCCAGAAGACUAUGGCGGCGUGAAACAGAUCCGCAUCCCAUCAGAUGACAUCUGGCGCCCGGACCUUGUCCUUUACAACAAUGCAGACGGUGAUUUUGCCAUUGUUAAAUACACCAAAGUCCUUCUGGAACACACAGGAAAGAUCACUUGGACGCCACCUGCCAUUUUUAAAAGUUACUGUGAAAUUAUUGUCACGCACUUCCCAUUUGACCAGCAGAACUGCAGCAUGAAGCUGGGAACUUGGACGUAUGAUGGUACGGUGGUGGUUAUUAACCCGGAGAGUGAUCGUCCUGACCUGAGCAACUUCAUGGAGAGCGGCGAGUGGGUGAUGAAGGACUACCGGGGCUGGAAGCACUGGGUUUACUACGCUUGCUGCCCCGACACGCCCUACCUGGACAUCACGUACCACUUCCUCAUGCAGCGCCUGCCUCUCUACUUCAUCGUCAAUGUCAUCAUUCCCUGCCUGCUUUUCUCAUUUUUAACUGGGUUGGUUUUUUAUCUGCCCACGGAUUCAGGUGAGAAAAUGACUCUCAGCAUCUCUGUCUUGCUGUCUCUGACUGUGUUCCUUCUGGUCAUUGUGGAGCUGAUUCCCUCCACCUCCAGCGCAGUGCCUCUGAUAGGCAAAUACAUGCUGUUUACCAUGGUGUUUGUCAUCGCUUCAAUCAUCAUUACGGUCAUCGUCAUCAACACCCACCACCGCUCCCCCAGCACUCACACCAUGCCGCACUGGGUCAGGAAGAUCUUUAUUGACACAAUCCCAAACAUCAUGUUUUUCUCUACAAUGAAACGACCAUCCAGGAAUAAACCAGACAAAAGGAUUUUUGCAGAAGAUAUUGAUAUUUCUGAAAUAUCUGGGAAGCCAGGUCCUAUGCCUGUCAACUUCUACUCCCCACUUACCAAAAAUCCAGAUGUGAAAAAUGCUAUAGAGGGAAUCAAAUACAUUGCGGAAACGAUGAAAUCGGACCAAGAAUCCAGUAAUGCUGCAGAAGAGUGGAAGUUUGUUGCGAUGGUGAUCGAUCAUCUUCUCCUUGGUAUAUUUAUGCUAGUUUGUAUUAUUGGAACACUAGCUGUAUUUGCUGGUCGCCUGAUUGAAUUAAAUCAGCAAGGAUGAACAUCAGAUGGAAACUAUUUGCUGCCCUGAAACUCCUGGUCCAGCAAAGAGGAGGGAAUGUUCCUUGUUGUGGGAAGGAUCCACAGCCAGUUGACUCUCGCACGUAUUUAUUGCUAUCCAGGCCCACGAUAAAGGACUUGCAGAGGAGGAUUUUUCACCCUCUUCUAUCGCUGAGCCCUGCUCUGUGGCCACCCAAAUAAGCUGCAGACAGAGAGCAAUCACACCUUGGUAUCCACUCUCCAUUUUGAGUGAUGAGUAAUUGUGGGGGCAGCUUCAAAUUAUGAGUGUUUAGUAUGACAUCUUAAACACAAUUGUCUGUCCCCUGCUCUGCUGAAAUAUAUCAUGAGCAUCAAAGUCAGAUACACCAUCACAAAGAAUAUUCUUAUGGAAAGCGUGAAUACUGGUUCUACUCCAUGUGACAAAACGAUAGAACCUCCACCCCUCAAAUCUCCUGAAUUAACCAAGCUUUCUUCAAAUGUUGAGCAGCAGCUCACUCUAGUGACAAAACCGAGUAGUGCUGUUUUUGUCCAAAGACAUUUGAUAUUGUAGGGUUGUUUUUUUCAGUAAAUGUUCAACCCAGGCAACAAGCUUAUGUUUGUCUCAAUAACACAGUGUGGAAGUUCCAGCAGUGCUGUCUAUUCUUCUCAAAAAUAAAUAAGCAGAGGUGGGGCAAAGAAUACAAGUUACUCAUCUUUCCGAGCUGGUUGCCCAAGCCAGUAAGACUAGUUUGCUAACAUCUGUAAAUAAUUUGCUGUGAGGUUAAUAAAAUAACUUGCAUUAUGUUAAUGUUC